GAAAAUUAAAUAUUCAUUGAAGAAAAGGGCAACGAGUUUUGUUCCAAAAUCAAAAUCACGAAACUGGGCAUCGGCUGUGAAAGUAAUUUUUCUUCUCUCACUAAAAUCUAUGGCUUCACCGGCAAUCUUUCUCUUAGACUGAAGGUUCCGUGGUGGGAACAAAAAUGGCCUUUUACUUAGCAAAUACCAAGCUCAUUCUUUUACCUAGAGGUUCCAAAUCAAGGUUGCUGGCUGCUGCUCUUUCAUGCCCUAAUUUUGUACCAAAUCCCUUCACAGUUUCUCAGCCUUCCACUGCAAGGAGACAUAAGAGGCUGGUGUGGUCACUUAGAAGCGCAGCUGAUGGUAAUCGGCUGAACUCAAAUGAGUCCGGUGGAGGGACGACUAGGCUUAUUAGGACUAUCCGAGCGUUUCAGUUGAAGCUAACUGCGCGACUAAGAGAGCUAACGAGAGACCUGCCUGCCAAGCUAUUCUCUUUCUUGGUGGGGUUCUAUUGUGCCACUGCUUUCGCAACUGUAAUAGGGCAGACCGGUGAUUGGGAUGUUCUCUCGGCUGCUUUGACCGUGGCUGUGGUGGAGGGGAUUGGGGCUCUCAUGUACAAGGCCUCUCUUCCUUUGGUUGGCAAUGUGAAGAAGGUGAUCAUCAUAUCUAAUUAUUGGAAGGCUGGCCUCUCACUUGGCUUAUUUCUCGAUUCGUUCAAGUAUUAGGCUUGAUAGGCGAUGGAACAGCCUGUAUUUCGUGCAUCCUAAACCCGACAUCACAAAGUUAGAAAAUCAAUGCUGAGAGAUGGAGGAUGAGCUUCAGGUUUGCUUCUCCUUGCCUGCAUUACUUGUUUGUGGAUUGUUUGGUUCAACGUCUCAUCUGUUUCGGGGUAUAAGUAGAUAUUAUAGGGAAAGAAUGAUAUGUAGUAUAUUUAUUUUAUUGUACUUGGUCUACCCAAUGAGCAACUUGUUUGUAAAUGAUAGGAAAUUACAGCAGAAACCAUGAUGUUGUGCUUCUCCGGUUCAUACGGUCACGGAGCAAGAAAAGGAGACGAUGACCUAGCUAAGUGAUGUAAUUUUGCAACUCCUUUGUAUUACAUUUGUUCUUUAUAAGAAGGAAGGCAUUUGUGUAUUGCCUAGUUUAUUUACA